CCCGCCUCUCCUUUCUUCCACCCACAAUUGCAAGCAUUUGGCAUCUGCUUCCUUCCUUCCACUCCAAUAAUAUAUACCACCACCCUGCAGGCGCCUACAGCUCAGCUCGACAAAGCCGGAGCGGCAGCAGCCAAGCUAAGCUAGCGCGAUGUCGUCGUGGGCGCAGCACUCGCGGCGGGGCUGGAGGCACGGCUGGGCGGCGCGGGCGCUGUCGUCGGCGACGCUGCCGCCGUGGCGCCUGCUGGCCUUCUUCGCCAUCGUGGUCUCCUUCCUGGCAACCUCCUCCUACGUCGACUACCGGGCUGUCGAGCGCCGGGCCGAGAUCGGCGCGCGGGUCUUCGCCGCGCCGCUCGCCGCCAUGGCCGCCUUCCUCCUCUUCGCCGCGCUCGGGUACUGGCGUCGCCGCACCCGCUGGGCGCUCCGCCGCCACGCCGUGAACGCCCAGCCUGCCUUGGCCUCGUCGCAGUCAUCGGGGGCCUCGCCGUGGGGCGUGGCGGCGAUGGUGGCGGUGCUGCUGGUCAUGGUGACUUUCCAGCCCGCCGUCCACUCCAUGUGGUUCAGGCCGCUCUGGAGUUCAGACUACAGCUAGCUCCUAGCUCAUCGGAUGCUCUCCGUGUGUAGUACCUCUUCUUUUUCUUUUCUUUUUUUGCAAAAUCUCCGUGUGUGGUACUAUCAGUGUGCAUAAAAGUACUUUCUAGCUAGAGAUCAAUUACUACGUGCUUGAGAUAUAUCGGUUUUGCUUGGGAUAUUUGUGUUUGAUCGAUGUGUAACCUCACGGUAUUACUCGCAUUUCAUACGCGUCUGUAUGUUUGUAUUCUCAUUUUGUUAAAAUUUUGCGACUAGGUUCAGUUCCGGGCGCUCUCGGCGUCGUUCCUCUGUUGGGAGCAUCGUGUACGGAGACACGAUCUAAAGGUCAUGUGUUGCGUUCGUUUCGUGCUUGUUGCUGUCAGGUCAAUCUUCAAGGGCGCUAUGUACGGCAUAAUUGGCGUGUCCAAGACGAUGCCUUUCUCGUGACCGUCCAAGUCCCGCCACCGACUCGCCAAUCUCUUUUAGGCAUUCAUGGGUGGAUGGUGCGUCGGCAAGGGUAGUCCAAGUGGGUGUGUUAUCUUCGAAGGCGGCAAGUGUUGGUCGAGACACGGCUUUAUAUUUCAGUUUAGGAUAGGCCCCUUGUGUUGUGGUUGUAGUGGUGUGGUAGCUUGUCAUCGGACUGCCCUGGUGUGUGUUGGCUUGUCUUCGAACUUGCCUCGGUGUGUCCCCGCAAAAAAAAAAGAACUUGCCUCGGUGUGGAGUGGAGUGUCCACUGCACUCGCAACAAAGGAUAGUCUUCUUAUAAUUUAUUUAUGGCAUUUAUUAAAAUAUG